UGAGCCAUCCCCGCGCCGGGACCCUCCUCACACGGCAGCACCGCAGCGCAGCGUGCGGGUCCCGCAGCCCACGGAGGUGUAAGAUCCUCUGACUUGUAGCAAUGGGAAGACCAAGGAAGGAGUCUGCUGCAACAUCAUCCCCCCGACCGGCCACAACCGCCUCCAAAACUGCCCCCGCCGCGCCCCCGCCUUCCACUUCAGGCACCCGGGCCAGGACCACUGCAGCAGGGAGCCAGUCCCGAGGCACUUCGGCUGCCAAGGCUACCACCCCCUCACACGGUCGGGGGACAAAGGCAGACUCAGCCCAGCCAAGAUCCACAACAUCCCACGGAGCCCGAGGAGAUGCUGGGGACAAGAGCAGAGCACCCACCAAGAGUUCUACAACCCAGAAGGUGCCUGAUGCCAAGGGAGCCGCUGGUCCUGCCAGAACUGACCUGGGCUCACAGAAGAAGCAGCCUGGGGCUGACCUGAGCAAGUCCUGUGAGCGGUUCCUGCCCCCUGUAAAGAGCCAGGACAUCCCGAGGGUGGAGAAGGAGACCCGGGGCCAGCGGGAAAACCCCAAGUGGUACGAGUUGCGGGAGAACCGCAUCACUGCCUCCGUGGCCCCCAAAAUUGCCAACAGCAAGUUCGCCAACAGCAAGACAGACGAGGUGCCCAAGUCCUACCUAAAAGAGGUGGUGGGCUCUGGCUCCAAGGUGCAGACCCCAGCCAUGUCCUGGGGAAUCCGCAAUGAGAAGGCGGCUGUGGAGGCCUACAAGCAGAAAUCACAGAAGGGGGGCAGGCCAGUGCAAGUGGAGGACUGUGGCCUUUUCAUUCACCCAGAGAAGCAGUGGCUUGCUGCCAGCCCGGAUGGGAUCAUCAAGGAUCCUGCCACAGGGAAGGAUCUGGGGCUGCUGGAGGUGAAGUGUCCCUACAAGCACAGGAACAGGACGGUGCGCGAGGCCUGCAAGGACAAGGACUUCUGCCUGGAGGUGAAUGGCGAUUCCUACGCCCUGAAGAAGAAUCAUCCCUACUUUACCCAGGUCCAGUGCCAGCUGGGAACCACUGGCCUCCAGCGGGCUGACUUUGUGGUGCACACCAACAAGGAGACAGCUGUGGUCCCUGUGGAGUUUGACGGGGAGUUUUGGGGGAAGACAGUGCCCAAGCUGGAGAAGUUUUACACGGAGGCAGUGAUUCCCCACCUGGAGCAGAAGGCAGGCAGCUCUGUCUACGCCAACGAGGAAUAGACCACUGCCUGCCUACCUCGACUGGAUACUUACUCCAGCUUUGUUCCCCAAGCAUAGAAGUUACAUUCAGAAGUUAUACAGGUUAGUUGCUGUUCUUGAACUGUUCACAGUUGAAAAGUUGUACCAGCAGGACCCAGCUUGGUUAGGGUACCUACAAACAGUGCCUUCUUGCUGCCCCAGUCAGGUCAGCACUCAGCCCCCAGAGCCUUCCUGUCUUGUCACCCUCGCUGCAUCCCCCAUCUGUCCCAACAGCAUGCUUGAUGGAAGCUGGCACAGCUCUGGAUCUGCAAAUGAAGCCUGUGAUAUUUCUGUACUGGAAUUAGAGGCUUAUUUUGUGGACAAAACUGGAACCUUUGUCAUUCAGUUGCUGUCGGGACUAAUUUCUAACUGCACUCCAGAGUGGAGACAGAGACAAGGAAGGUUUAUCAGAGCCCAAGAGCAAAACUUGUGAGCCAAACAAUGAUGUGCCUUAAGCAUCAGAGGAAGGGCACAUGGACACUCUUCCUCCCUGAGCCAUCGGACCCACUACUUCUGCAGAAUAACCCAUGACAUUCCCUGUGAGAUACCUGCAGGCUCUGGAACGUGAUUCCCGCUGAAGAGGUUGUCCCCCAGGCCAUGCACCUCCUGAGGACCCACCCAUGGAGCAUCCCUGUAAACUGCAGCAGCGUGGGGAGGUGGUCAUUGCCAAAUUAAAUAUAGAUGCACUGGU